GCCUGCUUUUGCCCUCACCUUCCUGCGUGUCCCGGCGUUUUGAACCCAAACAUAAGAAAGAGGAAGAUUACGCGGCGUGCACAUGGGAGAACGCAAGGUUUUUUCCAUUCUGGUACGUCGCACAAUGGCUUAUAUAUGAGGAGGACACUUUGGGAUGUGGACAUAAACAAGCGUCUCCACGGAGAGAAGCGCAUGAGAAAACACAACGCUGUCCGUCGUCUCCGACACCGAGAAGGACUCCUCCCCAACUCGGCCGUGACACCUCCGGUAAAUCGCUGAGAAAGGAUAACAGUCUUUUUUUCACGCAGGAGACGAAAGACCGAGUCUAACACUGCCAUUCAAAUGCCAGGGACUGUCUGACUGUAUGGCUUUAAAAAGUUGCCUGGAGAACAUGGACAUCUGACGUGCGCCACACGGCGUCAUUGGACACAUUGAGCCUCUCUCUCUCUCUCUCUCUCUUUUCACCAUCACAUCUCGGACUGACUAAUCCCCUGCGCUUUGGGUCUGGAGUAAGAAGAAGUGUUCAGCAGUUGUCAUUUGCCCUGACACCGACUACAUCCAGUAGCUCCCUGCAGAAGGGGUACAUUAGCACACCAUAGAAGACACUGCCUGUUGUGCUGCGCAUUUGUAUGUGCCGAUCUCACUGUUUGUGCAUUAGAGGGAGAGAUAUUUUGUCAGCCCACCACGGAUUUGUUAGAGCUGACAACCUGCAUUAAAUAAAGCCUAUGAUUCAUCUGGACCCUCGCCCUGCAUCAGAGAGAAAAAGCAGUGACGCGUUGGUUUUGUAACUUUACAUUUCCUUCAGCCUGAACAAGUGUCAUCUGAAGUGUCCCCUUGAAUGGUCACAGUUUUGCUGUUUCCUUGGCGUUUUCUGUGUUGUGCGCAUUUGUAUUUGUGUAGCACUCACAAACUGCGCCAGAGACACACGGCCACAUGUGAAUGAGACUCGUCACCUGUCCCGGCUGAAGCGCUCGUACAACUCGACUGACUGACCCACACUGAAGAGGAAUACGUGCCGAAGUUUUGCUGUAGUGAUGCUGCAAGUGGAAAUGGUCCUGUUUGUCUGCCUGGUGCUGUUGAUGUGUGUUUUUAGCCAGGAGCCCAGCUCCAAAGUGGUGGCCGACCGCUACGCCGUCUUCUGGAACCGGACCAACACCAAGUUCCAUCGUGGGGACUACCACAUCGACGUGUGCAUAAAUGACUACCUGGAUGUCUACUGUCCUCACUAUGAAGACACAGUGCCUGAGGAGCGGACAGAGCGCUACGUCCUCUACAUGGUCAACUACGACGGCUACAGCACGUGCGACCACACCGCCAAGGGCUUCAAACGCUGGGAGUGCAACAGGCCACACUCGCCAAACGGACCGCUCAAGUUUUCAGAGAAGUUCCAGCUCUUCACUCCCUUCUCCUUGGGCUUUGAGUUCAGACCGGGCAGAGAAUACUACUACAUCUCCUCCACCAUCUCUGAGAACGGGAGGAAAACAUGCCUGAAGCUCAAAGUUUUCGUCCGACCAUCAAACAGCUGUGUGAAAACUAUAGGCGUACAUGACCGUGUUUUUGAUGUAAACGACAAAGUAGACAAUACAUUAGAACCACGAGACGAUACCAGUCAUGAACCAGCUGAGCCUUCCCGAAGUGAAACAAAUGCUGCGCUACACCUGCAGAAAACAAGUCCGCUCCUGGCUUUGUUGCUGGCCUGCCUAGCAGCACUCUUCACUUUAUAGCGCCUCCCUCUGUCCUGGAGGGCAUUUACACCUAGCGUGGCCUGAAUCUGCCCAAGGCUGCAGGGAAGGGGCGGGCUUUGGGUGCAGCGUGUUUGCUUGAUUGGGCAUCAGAGCAGGCUUCUCAAGGAACCCUCUAUUUUUUUCAGAAAAAAUAUUUAAGUGGUCUUUCUCCGUCUGUGAGUGAAAAAAGUUGAUGUUGGAAGGGGGAGAGACAGUUGCCCCUCUUAAACCUUCAACUAAGAUGCCAAAUCUUGUUUUUUGACACUUAGUGAUUCUUAUUUUCCCGUGACUUGACAUCCCUUUACAUCACGUUUAUGUCAUUACAGCACUGAUGUUUACCCAGACACACACACACACUCACAUAUACACAAAUACUGCUUACAGAGUCAAAUGCAAAAAUGCCUCUACACUAACUGUCAAUAGAAGUAGGGCUUUUACAAAGUUGAAUACAGUAGUAGCGUUAAACAAUAGGAAAGUGAAGAUUCUAGGUCUUAGAACUGACUGUACAUACACAAAGAGUUAUCCCGAGACCUCUCAAGAAAAAGCCUUUCAAAAAAUAUUUUGAUCAAGUUCUGCUGUGUCAUAAGAACCAGAUUUAUUUGCACCACCAUUUUACUGGGAGGUACGGUACAAAGCUGAAAGAUGAAGAUGUAGGGGAAAAAAAUAGUAAUGGUUUUAAACAGAGGUCAGACUGGAGACCACAGCACUGAGAAAUACAUACAUGGCAUGCACCUUAGCCUACUGAUCUUCAGACUGUCCUGGCUUUAAGAUAGUGCCCAAUCUUCUCUUGAAUCUAAAGUGUGUCUACAGGCGGAUAAGUUACAUUAAGUGAGUGGGGAAGCAAUUUUUUUUGUGUCCUCUUUUGUGUAGUGUGCUCAGUGAAACACCUCUCAAAGUGUUUGAUUCAAUCUGUCUCACAAGCCAGCUAAAUUGAAACAUUCUCAUCAGAUACUUUGUGGAGUGUUAUUAAGAUCAAGGAUCAAUAUCUUUUGAAAGCUGAUCACACAAUUUCACAGCAACAGUCACAGUCAUUUUAUGCUAUGUUUACUGAGCUGGGCAGCAAUUGUUGUCCGUUCCAUUUGAGUAGAAGUCAAUAUUAACACUCUCAUAAACAUUUGGAUCUACAGCUUUUUUUCCCUUCACUAUUGAUUGUUAAAGUGAUUGUUUAAAAAUGAUUCAAAGCUAAAUUGGACACUUUAUUUUUUUCUUAACCAUUAAGUUAUUUUACUUUGCCAAUGGUGUCUCCAAACAUUGUAACUUACAUUGCAGACACUGUAGAAUUAAAAUAAAAAAAAAUAAAAACAGACAGGGGCCAUGGGAAGAAAUGUCGCCUCACAGUACCAUACUUUUUUCUCACAUCUUUGUCCCUUAAACAUAACUACAGCUUUGAGUCAUGCUCAUCAAAUAGCAGUUAGCUGGUUCUCACAUUCAGUUUAUUGCAGCAGUUAGUGCAGCAUUUACAGGACUGAUGCAUAGCUCCAAUUAGUUGAAAACACACUGCGUGAAGAGAGAAACUAUCCAUUUAAUUCAAGCCAAUGCACAGCUCUGUUUAGUCUAGCCAGGUUUAUGUUAGCACUUAUAUUCAAAGGAAUUCACUGUUAUAAUGAUAUUCAGCUUCCUUCAGCUCCCGCAGAUGCACAUAGUGAGUUAGCAUAAUGAAAGCUAUUAUGUCUUUUUUCCAAAGGAAGGGGUUUGUUUCUUUGCUUUCAAAGAAGUACGGACAGAUAGGGAAAUUAACUCUGCUGAAACUGACUUCCUUUCAGAGCCUGGUUUUGUCUGAGAAAUAGGGCACCAAUUGGUUUGGAAAGACAGAUAUUAAGAGAGAAAUAGAGCAAGAAAAAGAGGCAAGCGCAACACCAUGUCCACCCUCAGCUCCUAGUGUUACCGGUUUAAGUGACUCUUUAAUGAGGUUCAAAAUGACAGGCAUGUGGACCCCAUGUUGUGGCAAGGGGAGUUAUUUCUGGUAUUAAAAAUAGAUGGUGGAAGGCUUGGGGGGUCUCGGGAGGGGGGUGUAGAUUUCCACCGUGGGGGGUUUUAAAGCACCAAUGACCUUGCAGUUUGAGAGAAUUGGUGAGUGAAGGAGACGGAAAGAAUUAAACAGAGAGACACACACACACAGAAAGACAUGAGAGGUAGCCGAAGGUAGUGUGACUAGAGUGCCUAACAAAACAAAACAAGACAAAACAACAAAAAAAAUCCAUGCAGCACUACUGGAAAAAACACCUGAUUCAAUGACAAACAUAUUGUUCAGUACCAUUCAGUCUUAAAAGGCAUGCACUGUUUUGUUUUUGCUUUGUUUUCAGUUUUGUGGUUGCCUUUUUUUUCUGUUUUUCCCCAGACGGACUGCCUUUGCCUUUUGCCAUUUGUUUUUUUGUGCUACGGUAACAAUGCUAUUACAGUGGAAUAGCAGCUCAGCUAUGGGGGGUAAUAGGAGACAAGGCCAUUUAAUGAGGUACUAAUUUUCAGGAUAACACCACAGGGAAUGAGCACCACAUAAGAUUCAAAAUGGACACUUGUCAGCAGAUUAACACUAGACUUUUAUCAGAAACCAGCUUCAAUUGUACUCUCUUAUAGUUACCAAUACUACUAUUUGUCAUUAUUGCUAUUAUUACCAUGGUUUAUUCUGUACACAUCUUAACUUGGGAAAUGAGGAUCAACUUAUAAACUGGAUACUGUGUAUCCUGAGGUAGUCAAACAUAAAACAUGUAGUGUUAGGUUAGUAUCUGUUUUGUACCUUUCUGGAGGACAAAAGAAAAAAAUGAGAUACAUCAUUGUUAAAACUGUAUAAUUAUUAUUAUUGUUAUGAUGAUGAUGAUGAUGAUGAUUAUGACUAUUAUUAUUAGGAAAACUUCUUGAUGUAAAUAGUGUUUGAUAUUAAAGUAUUAAUUUGGUUCUUAUGUCUUUUCUAAAAAAUGAAUACGGUAUUAUCUCUGGGUUUUGCGGAGUGUGUACUGUCCUCGAACAAUGCAUUGUGUGCUUUGAUCCUCAAUGCCUAAAUGAAACUUUGAGCUAAUACGAAGGGGAAACCUGUGGGAACUGUACACGUACUGGUGUACAGAAGGCUGGACAUUAGCCAACAAGUGGCUCACCUGUUACAUGUUUCAAACCAGUCAUCAACCCUCACCAUCUCUUCACAUAAGGAUCCUGCCUUGGAAAGAAACACUUGGGACUUAAUGGACGGCUUAUUUGUACUUUUUUGCCUUCAAUGUUUGAAAGCAUGUUGGUCAGCUAAAAAGUCUGCCAUGAGUAGACUGUUGGUGUUUUAAUGGAGGGAUCUCGUCAGUUUCAUUAUGUGGCAUGCGCAUGAACUUGAUGACAUGUAAGAAAAAAAAUCAAAAAAAAAAAAAAAAAAAAUCAGAAAAGUUUUAAAAAGAAUAUUUUCUUUUGCUUUUAUU